AACCAACGAGAACUAAAGGUAGACAAAAAAAAGGCUUGUAGGGAGAAACAAACAAACAACACAACAACAAUAGCGAGACAACCUCGUUUCUUCAACCUCGUUUCUUCUCAGUCAGUUCCUCAUGCUUCGCUUACUUUAUAUCUCUCUCUUUAACUUUUCGGUCACUCAAAUCGUGUUUCUCGUCUCGCCAUGCUCGUUUUCUUGAAACUUAAACCCUACCCUUUUAUCUAUCGCCAUUUGUGUGACCCUUUCUUUUCAUUUGAAGCUUCAAGGUUUACCUCACUCUGCCGUUCGUUUUCUUCUACAACUCUCUCUGGGUUUCAUCUUUUCAUCUCUUUUCUUGUUAUUCUGUCCAUAAAUUGACCAUCUUUUUCGUACCCACAUGCAGAUUUUGUGGGUGUCAAUAUCUAAUUUUAUUUUGUAUGUGUCAUAGGGUACUGCAUAUGGUCAUUUUAUGCAGUUUUUUCUUCUGCAUUCUUAUCUAUAGAAUUCCUGUGGUAAUAGGCCAAAGCUGGGUUAGAUAUUAAUUAAGAAAGUUUAGUUUGGGAUCCACAUGCAAAGUUGCAAUCUUCCGAGUGAGUGAUGAUGUCUCAGCACCAAAACCUACCAUUGGUUCCGAAAUCUGAAGAAGCUGGUGUGAAGCCCUUCGCAAUAAGACAGUAUGUUCUUGCCUGUCGUCACAGAAAUAUCUCUCUAAACUGGCCUUACGAAGAGAAGCACUUGCAAUUGUGUCUUAAAAGUGGUCUCAGGGAGAAAGAGUUGUUGCCACCACUUGAAUCAGACAAAGCUUCACAUGAUGAACCAGUCAAAGGUUUCUCCAAAAUGCAUUCUCCAAAUGGUAAUAAAAACAAAGAAACUGAUUCUUGCAAUGCUGAAGUGCCACAAGAAUGUAACUACAAAGUCAGCAACCACCCUUCACCACAUGAAGAGGGAAAUUACUCAAAUCAUCACAAUGAUUCUGCAAAAUUUUCUCAGCCAGAAGAGACACGUACGCUCUCAGGUUGUACUAAUUUUCAUGAUAAGAGUCCACUGUUGCCGCCACUAAAAACAGUGAAAUGUAAACGCAGAAGGCGAAAAGGGAAAUGUAAGAAGCGUUUGAUGGUGGAUAUUUUAGCCAUGGCACAGCACAGUAGUUUAGAGGAGAUUGAUGCGAUGAACAAGUUUUUUUAUGCUGAAACUGUGGUUGAAGGAUUUCAACAAACGGUGCCUUGUAAAAGUAUUUCCAGGGCUGAGGCAGUGAGUGAGGAUUCAUGCAGAAAAGGUGGAAGUGAAGAUGAUGGUGAUGUGACACCAAAGGGGCUAUUUGUUCUUAAGUUUAAGCUUAAUGGAUGUAAUGUUAUUGGGAAUUGAGCAUGAUCUAAUGGAUUCUGUUCAAUUUUAUUCUAUAAAAUUAUUAUUGUUCGCUGCAGAAUUUUCCUCUGACAUUGUCAGGUUACACCAUGAAGGAUGCAGUACUAUUCCUUAUGCUUGUUUUGG